UGUGGCGGGGCGUGUCGACUGGGACACUGCCCCGGUAAGGCGGCGUCUGCGCUCGCGGGACUCCAGACUCUUAAAAAGCUGGGCUCGCGCGCUGCGGUUGCUGCCAGCCACUGAGAAUCCAGCCGCUCUCUCUCGGGUCCUUCCCUCCAGUCGCCCGGCCAUGGGAUCGGGCUGAGCCGUCCCUGGGGGCUGAGGAGCCGAGCCGCGGUGAAUGGAGGGGUCGCUGGAGCUGAGCUCGGAGUCGGUCCUGCGCUUUCUCGCCGAGCGCGGGGGCCGGGCCCGACACUCGGAAUUGGUGCGACACUUCAGGGACGCCCUGGGUGGCCAGAGCGAACAGCGCGCCCGCGCCCGCGAACGCUUCAAGGACCUGGUCAACGCCGUGGCCACCGUGCGCACCGAUCCCGCCGACGGUGCCAAGUAUGUGCAUCUCAAGAAAAGGUUCUGUACCGGGGAGUCCCCCCCGCCUGCGGCCGCGCUCCCCCCGGACCCCCCGCGGAUCGAGGUGACUGAGGAGCCCCAAGUCCCGGACCUUCCAGCGGAGCCAUGCGAAGGCAGCCAGCUCCGGGAAGAGGCAGAUCCGCAGUUGUCUCUCGGACAGGACGGCGAACGGAGCGACCAGGAGCCUCCGGCCCCUGCUCAAGGUGGGGCCCAGGGUAAGGACUCGCCGCCACAGGAGGUCGAGACCGGGUCCUUGGCGUCGGGCCCCGGGGGCCCCGGGUCGAGCGAGAACCUUAAACUCCCUCCACAGGGCGGCGAGGAGGCUGAAGGGGGCAGUUCCCCUAGUGGGCCAAAUACACCCAGGUCGGCCCGUCCGAACUUUCGGGACCUGGCGAAGGGCAGCUCCCCGCAGCUAAAGAGGAGCGUGGGUCCCGGGGACGGUAGCGCUGGGAGCAUCAGCUCAGGAGGUCGCAGCAGAGGAGGGGGCGACUCCGACAGCGCAUCGUUAGCUUCUUCGUCCGCCGAAGAGGAGAGCAGCGGCGGGAGCUCGGUUACCCUGGAUCCUCUCGAGCACGCCUGGAUGCUCUCGGCUUCCGAGGGCAAGUGGGCCAGCCUAGAAGGGCUGCUCACUUGUGAGCCCAGCCUGCUCUCGAAGCGAGACUUCAUCACCGGCUUCACUUGUCUCCACUGGGCGGCCAAGCACGGCAGGCAGGAGCUCCUGGCCAUGUUGGUCAACUUUGCCACCAAACACCAGCUGCCAGUGAACAUCAACGCCAGGUCGAGCGGGGGCUACACCGCCCUCCAUUUGGCAGCGAUGCACGGGCAUGUGGAGGUGGUGAAGUUACUAGUGGGGGCCUACGACGCAGAUGUAGACGUCAGGGACUACAGCGGGAAAAAGGCCGCUCAGUAUCUGAGCGAGAGCAUUGCAGAGGAGAUAAAGAACCUGGUGGGAGCCCUGGACGAAGAUGAUGGAGACAGCCCUGCCGACCGCGGGAAUGGGCGCUGGAGACUUUCAAAGUUGCUCCCAUCACACAUCGCUCACAAACUUUCCCCGGUCGUGGAAGACGGAGCUGAACAUCACCACCACCUCUCCGACGGAUGGACUGGAGGAAGCAGAGCAAAGGAUUCAGGUCGCAAAACUUCGGGCAGCUCGAGUGGACGGAUAAAACCACGACUCAACAAAAUCCGAUUCCGAACCCAGAUCAUUCAUACCACUCCCUCCUUCAAGGAUGCUGAACCGACCCUGGAGGAAGGGGAGGAGGAGGAGGAGGAAAAGUCUCUUCGAGGCAACUCAUCUUCCUUUAAACUGAGACCGAAGUCCAAUGUAUUUGGGUAAAAAUAAUAAUAAUUCGUGCUAGAAAUGCUAAGGCUUAUUUAUCUUCAAGGUAGAAUAAUACCGAGUAUGGAUAAGAAGCAGAAAAGACCAGAUAAACUUGCAGGCUUGGGGUGGAUCUGUAAUAAUCCUUUCAGGAUAGCAUUCUGGGGCAAGAAAAUGUCUUUGAAGUGAUUCAUAAUGCACUGAUUUGUGCCUCUUCCCCGACCCCACCCUUGUUAACCUGGAACUUGUGAGAACUGGAAUUAUUGAUGACUAAGAAUCCCUUUGCUUUUUUAAUCUUUACUAGAUACCGAACAGAGUAAGGGCCAUGAGGAAAUGCAAAACGCGUGGUAAUGCAAACUGAACCUGCCAAUGUUUGUAAGUGAAUGAAACUAGAGGCUGCCCUGAUUUUCUACUGUUUGCACUUGCUUAAGGUGCUAAAGAAGGUCGAGGUCAGAGUUGAAAUGUGAAACUACAAAUGAGAAUUAUGUGAAUGGAGAUGGGAAUCCCAUUGAUAGCAUCUUACUUGUAUUGUAAGUAGGAGUUCCCAUUUUUUUAAAGCAGUUUUACUUUUAAUCACUGAACUGAAGAAAGAAGCAGCAUUUGCUUUUGAGUUACUGUAAUCUGGUUUGUGCCUAUAUAACACUAUUCAAAAUGCGGUACCUUAUUAACCACAAACUUUCGGUUCAAUAGAAGAACACAUAGCAACCUAUGGUACUUUUUUUUUUAAAUGUGUGUGUCUUGUUGAUUAUCACCAACUAGUUUUGCUACUCUUAAAUUCUAAACUUCGUGGGUUUGUAUUCUGGGGAUUCUUUUUGAUGAAGCUUACAAUACUUAGACUGAUAGACUUAUCACCUAAACCAUUCCUUGUUUAGAAAAUAGCAAAACUCAGCAUACGCAUUAAUAAGCCUGUGCUUCUGUGAAGUAAUUAUUGAAUCAACUUAACAUGUUUCUCAUGGAAGAGACAUUUUAGUUUUAUUACUACAUUCAUAGUCUCUAUGCUUUGUAGCAACAUUUUACAAAUGUGCAAAAUACUAAAUCUUUCACUUUUCUUAAGUUUCUUUGUAUCUACUCAAAGAGCUAUGGUGUAGUUACAGAAAGCCUAGAUAGUCUGCCCAUUUAAGAAUGGGCAAUUUAUUAUACUUUAUAAAAAGAAAGAGAAAUGGGACCAUUUCUGUAUUUCAGUGCUGCUAGCUAUUGAAUUUCCUUAUAUAUAAUUGAAAAAUACUAUUCCUUAAAACUAAAAGCUUUUACAACUGUGAUCCUUAAUUACAUUCCAUUCAUUUUUGUUAAGAGUAAAUGACUUUAUAAUUAUUUUAAAAUUUAACUUACAAACAUAUUAAAUCUUAUAACAAGAUUAGAAACUUCUGUGGGAGACUGAUUUGACCAAAUCCUUCUCUCUCAGUCUUUCUGGCUUGAUGACUGAAACCUAAGUUGUUAGAGCCAACAACAUAGAAUGCACAGUGAUCAGCCAGGCCUGCAGAGUGGAGGAGACUGCAUGGUUAUAUAGAGCUGCUCGUCAUUUUGUUGUUAACUAACCUCCUCACGGCAUAGAAACUCCUAACAAAUUUGUCACAUCUCAAAAUAGCACUUGUUUAAAUAUGGAUUGAAGAUGCUCAUGAACUAUAGAAGUUGUGGCUAAAGAUAUGGCUCAGUGUGUAUGAGCACUUGUUCUGCAAGCAUGAGGACCUAUGACUGAAUCCCCAGCACCCAUCUAAUAGGGUAUGCAUAGUUGAGGGUAUGAGUAACCUAACAUGAGGAACUGAGACAGGCAGAUCCUCAGAAUCCAGUGGCCAGCCAGCCUACCUGAGAUCAGUGACUUCUGGAUCAGGGAGGCUGUUCCGAGGCAGUAAGGGAGGCAUAGAGGAAGUCACCUGACAUUCUACUCUGGCUUCAGAAUAAUCACACAUGGGUGCUCCCAAAAAUUCUCGUGCCUACAGGACACACAGACACACACACACAUAAGUUGCUACCGCUUAUGUGCCUUUGUUUUUGUUUUAGGAUUUAAGAAGUAGAUCGUGUAUGUUGAUGAGCACUUUUUCUGUACACUUAAGUUAAAAGCCAAUGUAGAAAGCAAUCAUGUGUUCCAUGUCUAGACGCGUUAACUUUAACUAGUGCAGAAUACGCUUACUGUUCUCAUCAAGGACUUUUAAAUUCCAUGCUAAGAUAAGGCAACUAUCACUUAACUUGCUUUUCACACUAGAGGUUUAAAACUUUGAUAAAACAUUCAAUUUUUUUUCUGAAGUCAUCCCUGGCCAGGCCAAAGAGCUCAGCAGAUAAAAGUGGUUGUCUUACAAGCUCAAUGACCUGAGUUUGGUCCUAGAACCCACAGUGGAUGGAGAAAACUUAACUCUUGAAAAUUGUCCUCCAGCCUCCACAUGUGUGCCAUGGUGUCUGCACACCUGUACUCACACACCUGGUACACACACAAAUACACAAAACUAAUUAGUUUAAAUUUCAAAAGCACCAGAAGGAACUCUGGGCAUUCCUUGUCAUAAUGUACUUUAUGCAGUAAAUAUAACAUUUUAAGCUACUUAACUCCAUUCCUCUUUUUUUUUUUUCAAUUUCCAAAUCAAGAGUAGAAAAAACAAUCUGUAUAAUUUGAUAAUCAUGAAGUUGUAUCUCUCAGUAGUGGCAAUACGUAAAUAUAGGCAUCUGUUGACAAGAGACAGCAUAGUUUCAAAACAAGUUUAUGUGUCUCCCGGUACGCUUAAAACUAUGAAUGUCAGUUGGCUUUUAUGGUAUGUAAAGUGCAGCUAAUGUGGUACUGGUUAUUCACACCUGAAAUAUUGGAAUGUAAUGUUUGUCUUUUGUUUUCUUUAAGUAUGUGAAAGUCUGUGAGUUUAAGAAUCUGUGAAGUUUGUCAAAAUAAAAUGUUCACAGUAGAGACCAAA